AUGAACCUGCAGGCAGCGGCGGCUGAAUCUGUGCAGGUGUCUGCCGCCGUCCCUGGCCAGCCACUGAGUGUGGUGGUCGCCUUGGCCGCAGCUGGACGCUGGAGGGUCGAAACAGCCUCCUCCCCCGCCGCCACCCGCGCUGUUUCCCCUGGCUCAUGGCUGGCCGUGUUAGCUCGACUGGGGGUAAGGCGUCAGGAGGCAAUCAAGCGCUCGCGCAAGGAUGCGACGGAACACCACACCGACGCUGUUCCACCACAUGUUACAGAACACCACACCGACGCUGUUCCACCACAUGUUACAGAACACCACACCGACGCUGUUCCACCACAUGUUACAGAACACCACACCGACGCUGUCCCACCACAUGUUACAGAACACCACACUGACGCUGUCCCACCACAUGUUACAGAACACCACACCGACGCUGUACCACCACAUGUUACAGAACACCACACCGACGCUGUCCCACCACAUGUUACAGAACACCACACCGACGCUGUUCCACCACAUGUUACAGAACACCACACCGACGCUGUUCCACCACAUGUUACAGAACACCACACCGACGCUGUACCACCACAUGUUACAGAACACCACACCGACGCUGUCCCACCACAUGUUACAGAACACCACACCAACGCUGUUCCACCACAUGUUACAGAACACCACACCGACGCUGUUUCACCACAUGUUACAGAACACCACACCGAUGCUGUCCCACCACAUGUUACAGAACACCACACCGACGCUGUCCCACCACAUGUUACAGAACACCACACCGACACUGGCCCACCACAUGUUACAGAACACCACACCGACGCUGUUCCACCACAUGUUACAGAACACCACACCGACACUGUUCCACCACAUGUUACAGAACACCACACCGACACUGUCCCAACACAUGUUACAGAACACCACACCGACGCUGUUCCACCACAUGUUACAGAACACCACACCGACGCUGUUCCACCACAUGUUACAGAACACCACACCGACGCUGUUCCACCACAUGUUACAGAACACCACACCGACGCUGUCCCACCACAUGUUACAGAACACCACACCGACGCUGUCCCACCACAUGUUACAGAACACCACACCGACACUGGCCCACCACAUGUUACAGAACACCACACCGACGCUGUUCCACCACAUGUUACAGAACACCACACCGACACUGUUCCACCACAUGUUACAGAACACCACACCAACGCUGUCCCACCACAUGUUACAGAACACCACACCGACACUGGCCCACCACAUGUUACAGAACACCACACCGACGCUGUUCCACCACAUGUUACAGAACACCACACCGACGCUGUCCCACCACAUGUUACAGAACACCACACCGACGCUGUCCCACCACAUGUUACAGAACACCACACCGACGCUGUCCCACCACAUGUUACAGAACACCACACCGACGCUGUACCACCACAUGUUACAGAACACCACACCGACGCUGUUCCACGACAAGUUACAGAACACCACACCGACGCUGUUCCACCACAUGUUACAGAACACCACACCGACGCUGUUCCACCACAUGUUACAGAACACCACACCGACGCCGUCCCACCACAUGUUACAGAACACCACACCGACGCUGUUCCACCACAUGUUACAGAACACCACACCGACGCUGUCCCACCACAUGUUACAGAACACCACACCGAGGCUGUCCCACCACAUGUUACAGAACACCACACCGACUCUGUCCCACCACAUGUUACAGAACACCACACCGACGCUGUUCCACCACAUGUUACAAAACACCACACCGACGCUGUCCCACCACAUGUUACAGAACACCACACUGACGCUGUUCCACCACAUGUUACAGAACACCACACCGACGCUGUCCCACCACAUGUUACAGAACAUCACACCGACGCUGUUCCACCACAUGUUACAGAACACCACACCGACGCUGUUCCACCACAUGUUACAGAAUACCACACCGACGCUGUCCCACCACAUGUAACAGAACACCACACCGACGCUGUUCCACCACAUGUUACAGAACACCACACCGACGCUGUUUCACCACAUGUUACAGAACACCACACCGACGCUGUUCCACCACAUGUUACAGAACACCACACCGGCGCUGUCCCACCACAUGUUACAGAACACCACACCGACGCCGUCCCACCACAUGUUACAGAACACCACACCGACGCUGUCCCACCACAUGUUACAGAACACCACACCAACGCUGUCCCACCACAUGUUACAGAACACCACACCGAUGCUGUCCCACCACAUGUUACAGAACACCACACCGACGCUGUCCCACCACAUGAUACAGAACACCACACCGAUGCUGUCCCACCACAUGUUACAGAACACCACACCGACGCUGCCCACCACAUGUUACAGAACACCACACCGACGCUGUCCCACCACGUGUUACAUAACACCACAUCGAUGCUGUUCCACCACAUGUUACAGAACACCACACCGACGCUGUCCCACCACAUGUUACAGAACACCACACCGACACUGGCCCACCACAUGUUACAGAACACCACACCGACGCUGUUCCACCACAUGUUACAGAACACCACACCGACACUGGUCCACCACAUGUUACAGAACACCACACCGACACUGUCCAACCACAUGUUACAGAACACCACACCGACGCUGUCCCACAACAUGUUUCAGAACACCACACCGACGCUGUCCCACCACAUGUUACAGAACACCACACCGACGCUGUCCAACCACAUGUUACAGAACACCACACCGACGCUGACCCACGACAUGUUACAGAACACCACACCGACGCUGUCCCACCACAUGUUACAGAACACCACACCGACGCUGUCCCACCACAUGUUACAGAACACCACACCGACACUGGCCCACCACAUGUUACAGAACACCACACCGACGCUGUUCCACCACAUGUUACAGAACACCACACCGACACUGGUCCACCACAUGUUACAGAACACCACACCGACGCUGUUCCACCACAUGUUACAGAACACCACACCGAUGCUGUCCCACCACAUGUUACAGAACACCACACCGACGCUGUCCCACCACAUGUUACAGAACACCACACCGACGCUGUCCCACCACAUGUUACAGAACACCACCCCGACGCUGUCCCACCACAUGUUACAGAACACCACACCGACGCUGUUCCACCAUAUGUUACAGAACACCACACCGACGCUGUUUCACCACAUGUUACAGAACACCACACCGACGCUGUCCCACCACAUGUUACAGAACACCACACCGACGCUGUCGCACCACAUGUUACAGAACACCACACCGACACUGGCCCACCACAUGUUACAGAACACCACACCGACGCUGUUCCACCACAUGUUACAGAACACCACACCGAUGCUGUUCCACCACAUGUUACAGAACACCACACCGACACUGUCCCACCACAUGUUACACAACACCACACAGACGCUGUUCCACCACAUGUUACAGAACACCACACCGACGCUGUUCCACCACAUGUUACAGAACACCACACCGACGCUGUUCCACCACAUGUUUCAGAACACCACACCGACGCUGUCCCACCACAUGUUACAGAACACCACACCGACGCUGUCCCACCACAUGUUACAGAACACCACACCGACACUGGCCCACAACAUGUUACAGAACACCACACCGACGCUGUUCCACCACAUGUUACAGAACACCACACCGACACUGUUCCACCACAUGUUACAGAACACCACACCGACGCUGUCCCACCACAUGUUACAGAACACCACACCGACGCUGUCCCACCACAUGUUACAGAACACCACACCGACGCUGUCCCACCACAUGUUACAGAACACCACACCGACGCUGUUCCACCACAUGUUACAGAACACCACACUGACGCUGUCCCACCACAUGUUACAGAACACCACACCGACGCUGUCCCACCACAUGUUACAGAACACCACACCGACGCUGUCCCACCACAUGUUACAGAACACCACAUCGACGCUGUCCCACCACGUGUUACAUAACACCACAUCGAUGCUGUUCCACCACAUGUUACAGAACACCACACCGACGCUGUUCCACCACAUGUUACAGAACACCACCAUGACGCUGUCCCACCACAUGUUACAGAACACCACACCGACGCUGUCCCACCACAUGUUACAGAACACCACACCGACCCUGUCCCACCACAUGUUACAGAACACCACACCGACGCUGUUCCACCACAUGCGCAACAUCGACUACCGUGAAUCUUCCUUACGUCAGCAUUAA